AUGGAAGGAGAAAACAUGUUUGAAGAAAUUGGGUGUUUUGAUCCAAAUGCUCCGGCAGAAAUCACGACGGAGAGCAGUUUUUCUCCGGCGGUUCCACCACCGCCGGUCACCGUCGCCGGUAGCACGAGCAACAGCAACUGCAGUCUAGAAGAUCUCUCUGAGUUCCACCUCAGUCCGCAAGACUGUUCUUUAGCCGCAACAGCUUCUGUUCAUCAGCUUCACAUCAAUGCUACUCCUAAUUGUGAUAAUCAAUUCCAGAGUUUAAUGCAUCAAACCUUUCAAGAUCCAUCAUACGCGCCACAAUCGAAUAAUUGGGACAAUGCUUACCAAGAUUUUGUGAAUUUGGGUCCUAAUCAUACAACUCCUGACCUACUCAGCCUCUUGCAAUUGCCAAGAUCCUCACUUCCGCCUUUCGCAAACCCGAGCCUUCAAGAUAUUAUCAUGACAUCUUCCUCUGUUUCCCCCUUCGACCCGCUCUUCCAUUUAAAUUUCCCUUUGCAGCCUCCUAAUGAGACUAAUUUACUAGGAGUUGAUGAUCAUAUUGAACCAAAUGGAGUGAAUAAUCUGGUUUAUGCUGGAGAAAACAACGACCUCGAUAAUGGUCUUAACCGUAAAGGCAGAGCAUCCAGGAAGCGGAAAGUUUUCCCUACAGAACGCGAAAGAAGAGUUCACUUCAAAGACCGUUUUGGUGACUUAAAGAAUCUAAUUCCAAAUCCCACCAAGAAUGAUAGAGCAUCGAUCGUUGGAGAAGCGAUAGAUCACAUUAAAGAAUUGUUAAGGACGAUUGAGGAAUUCAAGAUGCUAUUAGAGAAGAAAAGAGUCAUAAAACAACGGAACAUGAGAGGCAGAAUCGAAGAAGAAGGAGAUGAUGUUGUUCUUGAUGAGAACUACAAGGCGCAAAGCGAAGUUGUAGAACAAUAUAUGAUCAACAAGAACAACAAUUCCUUGAGAUGCUCGUGGUUAAAGAGGAAAUCAAAGUUCACUGAGGUCGAUGUACGUAUCAUAGACGAUGAAGUUACAAUCAAGAUCGUGCAAAAGAAGAAAAUCAAUUGUUUGUUGUUUGUCUCUAAAGUGAUUGAUCAGCUUCAGCUUGAUCUUCACCAUGUAGCUGGUGCACAAAUCGGAGAGCACCAUAGCUUCUUGUUCAACACAAAGAUUUGUGAAGGAUCUAGUGUUUAUGCAAGUGCAAUAGCAGAUAGAGUUAUGGAAGUGUUGGAGAAACAAUAUAUGGAAGCUCUUUCGACGAAUAAUGGAGCCUAUCACUGCUACUCUAGUGAUUAA